AUGGUGCCAAAGCAUGCAAGCACACAAGCCAUUGCCAGUGUUGAUAGAAGCUCUCUAAUGAGAAACCCAUCGGUGGCAGGUGCUGCGCCACCCCUCACCGGCAUUGAUGGCACCUCGCCCGUUGCUCCCGGCCACCGGCCGCUUCAUCGCCGGGUUGCUAUCGUCACGGGCGGCUCCGGCGGCAUCGGUGCAGCGGUCAGCGCGCACCUCGUGUCCCUCGGAGCCAACGUCGUGGUCGGCUACAUCGGCGACCCUGCCCCUGGGAACCAGCUCGUCGCGGAACUCAACUCCGGCGCGGGCGGGUCCGGCGGCGGGCCGUGUGCCAUCGCGGUGGCCGCGGACGUCUCGGACCCCGUGCAGGUGUCACGCCUGUUCGACGCGGCGGCGGAGGCGUUCGGGCCCGACCUGCACGUCCUGGUGGCCGCCGCCGGCGUGCAGGACGACGCGUACCCGCGCAUCGCGGACACGACGCCGGAGCAGUGGGACCGCGCCUUCAGCGUGAACGCGCGCGGCACGUUCCUGUGCUGCCGCGAGGCGGCGCGGCGGCUGGUGCGCGGCGGCGCGGGGCGGGUCGUCACCUUCUCGUCGUCCAACGUGGGGUCUCUCCGUCCCGGGUACGGCGCGUACGUGGCGACGAAGGCGGCCGUGGAGGCGAUGACGAAGGUGCUGGCCAAGGAGCUCGCCGGGACGGGGAUCACGGCCAACAGCGUGGCGCCGGGGCCGGUCGCCACGCCGAUGUUCUACGCCGGAAAGUCGGAGGAGCGCGUCGUCGCCGUCGCCGGCGAGUGCCCCAUGGGGCGCAUCGGCGAGCCGAUGGACGUGGCGCCGGUGGUGGGCUUCCUCUGCAGCGACGCUGCCGGGUGGAUCAACGGCCAAGUCAUUCGUGUCAACGGCGGCUACAUCUAAGCAAAUUGUUUUAGUUAACGACUCUUUCUUUUUCCAAUCUCAUUUCCAAACCAUUAUCUUCUCAUCAAUUGCAUUCCCCAUCCUCAUUGAAUAAGCUAAAAGUAAUGAAAAUUAGCAAAGCA